AUGUCCCCGUCACUUGACAUUGAAGCUCUAAAGCAAAAUAGCCUCGCCUUUGUGCAGCUCCUCGGCAACGACCAUGACACCACCUCUGAAAGAAUAAUCGGCCUCCUCGCCGAAGACUUCGCCGUGCAACAUGGCGAGCUUCCCCCAUCAGAAGGCGGCCGCGAUGCAUUUUUGAACAAAUUAGGAGAUCGACUCAAGCUUGCUAAGGGCCAUGCUAGUGUUGAAGUGAAACAUGUUAUAGCAGAAGUCUGUCAAAGCGAGCAUUCGAAAAAAGUCCGAAGCAAGGAUUUUAUUCGAGUUUCUUCAAAUGGGUUGUCGAAUUUGUGUUUGGGAUAUCGACGCAUGCUGCGUAUUUACCUAGGCCGCAAAGUCAGUCAUAGCAUAUAA